AUGUCGCAACCCAAGGCUUUGGACACUGUCUUGUCCAACGCUGCUCGCGUGACUGACGAUGCUGCUCCGGUCAGUCCCUCCGCUGGUGGUGCUGUCUCGUACAAUUCCACUCGCGAUCUGAAGCCGUUGCCCGUCAUGCCGGCGACUGCCAAUGGGUCGCCAAUCCCCCCUGCCUCGUCCCCAAUUGUGGGCAAUUCCGAGAAGCAAGUCGUCUUGGAGCUGGAAGAUGGCAUCUCCUACCAGGGCUACAGCUUCGGUGCUGAGAAGAGCGUCGCCGGUGAACUCGUCUUCCAAACCGGAAUGGUAGGCUACCCAGAGUCUAUCACCGAUCCUUCCUAUCGCGGCCAGAUUCUGGUCGUCACAUUCCCGUUGGUUGGAAACUAUGGUGUUCCUUCCCGAGAUACCAUGGACGAAGUCCUGAAAGACCUUCCUAAAUACUUCGAAUCGAGCCAAAUCCAUAUUGCGGCUCUCGUCGUUGCCACCUAUUCCGGAGAAGGCUACUCCCACUUUCUGGCUCAGUCAUCCCUCGGUCAGUGGCUCAAAGAACAGGGUGUGCCCGGUAUCUACGGCGUCGACACGAGGUCUUUGACCAAGCGUAUUAGAGAAAAGGGAAGCAUGCUUGGUCGUUUACUGCUUGAAACUUCUACCGGCUCGGAUGGAAUUGCCUCCGACCUGACCUCCGCUCAAUGGAGAUCCCAUUGUGAGCAGAUUGAAUGGGAAGACCCAAAUAAAAAGAACCUUGUCGCAGAAGUGUCUAUCCGAGAACCCCGCCUCUUCACACCUCCGGAAGCUGUAGCUUUGAAGCACACCUCCGGCCGUCCAGUACGAGUACUUUGCUUAGAUGUGGGUAUGAAAUACAACCAGCUCCGCUGCUUACUGUCACGCGGAGUCGAGGUUCUGGUCAUUCCUUGGGACUACGACUUCCACACCCUCGCCGGCAAUGAGUACGACGGUCUUUUUAUAUCCAAUGGUCCAGGUGAUCCAGCUACCAUCUCGACUGCGGUAGCAAACAUUUCAAAGACAGUCUAUGAAGGCAGAAUCCCUAUUUUUGGUAUCUGUUUGGGACACCAGCUCCUGGCCCGAGCUGUCGGUGCAAGCACCACAAAAAUGAAGUUUGGUAACCGCGGCCACAACAUUCCUUGCACCAGCAUGGUCACCGGAAAGUGUCACAUUACUUCUCAGAACCACGGAUAUGCUGUCGAUGCUACUACACUCCCAGAAGGUUGGGAAGAACUGUUCGUCAAUGCCAACGAUGGUAGCAACGAAGGUAUUCGCCACGUUGGCCGCCCUUUCUUCAGUGUCCAAUUUCAUCCCGAAAGCACUCCCGGUCCUCGUGAUACCGAGUUCCUCUUCGAUGUUUUCAUCAACACCAUCAAGACGACACUGGCUUCAUCAGAGGCUUUGAAGCAGCCCGUGGCUUUCCCCGGUGGCUCGCGCGAGGAGAACGAGAAGAAGACUCCACGCGUAUCUGUCAAGAAAGUCCUUGUUCUGGGCAGUGGAGGUCUUAGUAUUGGUCAAGCUGGAGAGUUUGAUUACUCAGGCAGUCAAGCCAUCAAAGCUUUGAAGGAAGAAGGCAUUUACACUAUCUUGAUCAACCCCAACAUUGCCACUAUUCAGACCUCCAAGGGUUUGGCUGACAAGGUCUACUUCCUUCCCGUGAAUGCCGAUUUCGUGCGCAAAGUCAUUAAGCACGAGCGACCUGAUGCAAUCUAUGUCACUUUUGGUGGCCAGACUGCCCUCCAAGUUGGUAUUCAACUCAAGGAUGAGUUUGAGGCACUUGGCGUCAAGGUCUUGGGUACUCCGAUUGAUACCAUCAUCACCACUGAAGAUCGUGAACUAUUUGCCCGAAGCAUGGAAUCCAUUGGCGAGAAAUGCGCCAAGUCCGCCUCCGCUUCCAAUAUUGACGAGGCUAUGAGAGUAGUAGAAGAUAUUGGAUUCCCCGUCAUUGUUCGCGCCGCCUAUGCUCUUGGUGGUCUUGGUAGCGGUUUCGCUGAGGACCCCACUGAGCUGCGAGAACUUUGCACCAAGGCUUUUGCGGCCAGUCCCCAGGUCUUGAUCGAGAAAAGUAUGAAAGGCUGGAAGGAAAUCGAGUAUGAAGUUGUCCGCGACGCCCGUGACAACUGUAUCACAGUCUGUAACAUGGAGAACUUUGACCCUCUUGGCAUUCAUACUGGUGACUCCAUCGUCGUCGCACCUUCACAGACUCUUUCAGAUGAGGAUUACAAUAUGCUGCGCACAACUGCGGUUAACGUCAUUCGCCACUUGGGAGUUGUUGGUGAAUGCAAUAUUCAAUACGCUCUUAAUCCGUUCUCAAAGGAGUAUUGUAUUAUUGAAGUGAAUGCUCGUCUAUCCCGUUCUUCAGCCCUUGCUUCAAAGGCUACUGGAUACCCUCUUGCAUUCAUUGCCGCCAAGCUUGGUCUAAACAUUCCCCUGAAUGAGAUCUCGAACUCGGUCACCAAGGUGACCUGUGCAUGCUUUGAGCCGUCUCUUGACUAUGUUGUUGUCAAGAUUCCUCGCUGGGAUCUUAAGAAGUUCACCCGUGUUUCCACCCAGCUUGGUUCAUCUAUGAAGAGUGUUGGUGAAGUCAUGAGCAUUGGCAGGACCUUUGAGGAGGCCAUUCAAAAGGCCAUCAGAUCUGUCGACUUCCACAACUUGGGCUUCAACGAAACCAGCGCCCUGAUGUCUAUCGACACUGAACUUCAGACCCCUUCGGAUCAACGUCUUUUUGCUAUUGCGAACGCCAUGCACAGCGGAUACUCUGUGGAUGACAUCUGGAAAUUGACCCAGAUCGAUAAAUGGUUCUUGCGCAAACUCAAAGGUCUCAGUGAUUUCGGCAAGACGCUCGCAACCAACUACAAUGCCACCAAUGUACCGAUUAAUCUGAUUCGCCAGGCGAAACAACUUGGCUUUUCUGAUCGACAGCUUGCCAAGUUCUUGAGCUCAAACGAACUCGCCGUGAGACGUCAGCGCGUGGAAGCCGGUAUUAUCCCCGUCGUCAAACAGAUCGACACCGUCGCUGCAGAAUUUCCAGCUUUCACCAACUAUCUUUACUUGACAUACAAUGGAUCCGAGCAUGAUAUUGACUUUGAGGAUCAUGGUUUCAUGGUGCUUGGCUCGGGCGUCUACCGAAUCGGUUCUUCUGUCGAAUUUGACUGGUGCUCGGUUAGAACCAUUCGGACGCUCCGUGAACAGGGCCACAAGACUGUCAUGGUUAACUACAACCCUGAGACUGUGAGCACUGAUUACGACGAAGCAGACAGACUGUACUUCGAGAACAUCAACCUAGAGACAGUCCUCGACAUUUACCAGCUGGAAUCAUCCAGCGGAGUGAUCAUGUCCAUGGGUGGCCAGACACCCAACAACAUUGCCUUGCCAUUGCACCGUCUCAACGUUAAGAUCAUGGGAACUUCUCCCGAAAUGAUUGAUAAUGCUGAGAACCGCUACAAGUUUUCUCGAAUGCUUGAUCACAUCGGAGUCGACCAGCCUGCCUGGAAGGAGCUCACAAGCAUUGAGGAAGCGACUUCUUUCUGUAACAAGGUCAACUACCCAGUGCUUGUUAGGCCGUCUUAUGUUCUUUCCGGUGCCGCGAUGAACACUGUCUAUUCACAAGAUGACCUUGCAAACUAUUUGAACCAGGCCGCUGAAGUCUCUCGAGAACACCCAGUAGUCAUUACGAAAUACAUCGAGAAUGCCAAGGAAAUCGAGAUGGAUGCUGUGGCUCGCAAUGGUGUCAUGGUAGGCCAUUUCAUCUCUGAACACGUUGAGAAUGCCGGAGUCCACUCUGGUGACGCGACUCUUAUUCUCCCUCCACAAGACUUGGACCCCGAGACCGUCCGACGCAUUGAAGAUGCUACGCGAAGGAUUGGAAACGCCCUAAACGUGACUGGUCCUUAUAAUAUUCAGUUUAUUGCAAAAGACAACGAUAUCAAAGUCAUUGAAUGCAAUGUCCGUGCCUCUCGAUCCUUCCCAUUUGUGUCGAAAGUCAUGGGCGUCGAUUUGAUCGAGAUGGCCACCAAGGCCAUGAUUGGUAUCCCUUUCCAGGAAUACCCUCCAACCAGCAUUCCAAAGGACUAUGUUGGCGUCAAGGUCCCCCAGUUCUCUUUCUCUCGUCUCUCUGGUGCCGAUCCUGUAUUGGGUGUUGAGAUGGCUUCUACCGGUGAAGUUGCUUGUUUUGGCCGCGACCGCGCUGAAGCUUACCUCAAGGCUUUGGUGUCUACCGGUUUCCGUCUUCCCAAGAAGAACAUCCUACUUUCUAUUGGGUCUUUCAAGGAGAAGCUGGAGAUGCUUCCUUCAAUUCAGAAAUUGCACAAGAUGGGCUACAAUUUGUUCGCCACCGCUGGUACCGCAGAUUACUUGAAGGAGCAUGGCAUUCCUGUUAAAUACCUGGAACUUCUUGCUGGGGAGGAAGAAGACCUGAAGUCGGAAUAUUCUCUCACCCAGCACUUGGCCAACAAUCUCAUUGAUCUGUAUAUCAACUUGCCAUCCAGCAACAGAUACCGCCGUCCUGCCAAUUACAUGAGCAAGGGUUACAGGACUCGUCGUAUGGCUGUUGAUUACCAGACUCCAUUGGUUACCAACGUCAAGAACGCCAAGAUUCUGAUUGAAGCUCUUUCACGAAAGUUUGAAUUGGAGGUUCUCACCAUUGACCACCAGACAAGCCACCGUACCAUCGUGCUCCCUGGUAUGAUCAACAUUGCCUCGUUUGUUCCAGGCAUUGUUACCCCAGGCUCGAAAGACUUUGAGCUGGUCAGCAAGGCGUCUGUUGCUUCGGGUUUCACUAUGAUCCGUGUAUUGCCUGUCGGUGUGGAUGUUUCUGUGACUGAUGCAGUUGCUUUGAAUAUUGCACAGCAAAACUCCAAGAGCGGAAUGUUCUGUGACUUCAACUUGUCUGUAGCAGCUACAGCCACCAACGCAGAACAGAUCGAGCAAGUCACUAGUGAGGUGGGAGCUCUCUACAUUCCAUUCAACCACCUUUCGGGCAACAUCAACAAGGUGGCUGCCGUCACUAGCCAUUUUGGAGCCUGGCCAUCCAACAAACCUAUGAUUACCGACGCGAGGGCUACUGAUCUUGCGUCGAUCCUUCUCUUGGCUAGUCUACACAACCGCAACGUACACGUUUUGAACGUUUCGUCUAAGGAGGAUAUCAACUUGAUUGCUUUGAGUAAAGAAAAAGGACUCAAGGUGACUUGCGAUGUUUCGAUCUACAGCCUCUUCCUCAGCCAGCAAGAUUAUCCUGAGUGCGCUGCGCUGCCUAGUGUGGAAGACCAGAAAUCUCUCUGGGAGCAUCUGAGCACCAUUGAUGUUUUCUCUAUUGGAACCAUUCCUUACCAGCUUGCUGGCAAGGAGGCCAGCCCUACAGUUGGCAUUGCGGACGCUCUACCUCUAUUGCUCACAGCAGUUGCCCAGAACAAGCUGACGGUUGAUGAUAUCUCUAACCGUCUGUAUCACAACCCGAAGAGCAUUUUUGAGUUACAUGACCAGCAGGAUGCCUUUGUUGAGGUUGAAGUUGACCGCCCAUACACUUUCCAAAGUGAUGUGUGGUCGCCUUUCAAUGGCAAGCCUAUGAAGGGAUCGGUUCAUCGGGUGGUAUUCCAGGGUAAGACAUCUUGCCUUGACCGUGAAAUUCAACCAGAGGCUGCAAAGGGCAUCGACAUGUCUGGCCACCGUAUUGCGCCACCAUCCCCAUCGGUCAAGGCCUUCUCCCCUAGAGUACAACCCACGAUUGGCCGCCGCUUCUCUACCAGCACACCGAGCAGACAAACACGUGCAAAGAUUGGCGAUACGGUACCUCAUGUUUCUGAACUUGGGCCGCCGCUGUUUUCAUCUCCUUCUCAGGUGUCACCGUCGUUGGUUGAACUUAUUUCGCGGUCUACAUUCAAACAGAAGAAUAUCCUUUCCGUUGAGCAAUUCAACCGCUCCGACCUUCACCUUCUGUUCACUGUAGCGCAGGAAAUGCGCCUUGGUGUUGAAAGACAGGGUGUUUUGGACAUCCUCAAGGGCCGUGUAUUGUGCACUCUGUUCUAUGAGCCAUCCACCCGCACAUCUGCUUCUUUCGAUGCAGCUAUGCAACGCUUGGGUGGUCGCACGGUCGUGAUUUCCACCGAUCAUUCCUCGACACAGAAGGGCGAGACACUGCAGGACACGAUCCGUACCCUCGCAUGUUAUGGAGACGCAGUUGUUCUUCGUCAUCCUGAUGAGAAUAGCGCCCACACCGCCGCCCGGUUCUCACCCGUUCCUAUUAUCAACGGUGGUAACGGUAGCCGUGAGCACCCAACCCAGGCCUUCCUCGAUCUGUUUACUAUCCGGGAAGAACUUGGAACUGUCACUGGUAUCACAGUUACCUUCACUGGAGACUUGAGAUAUGGCCGCACCGUGCAUUCGUUGAUUAAGUUGCUCCAGUUUUACGAUGUGCGCAUCCAGCUGGUGGCUCCAAAGGCUCUCUCGCUGCCUGAAGAAGUCCGCAAGUUGAUUGUCUCUUCUGGCCAGUUGAUCUACGAAGCUGAAGAGCUCACCCCGGACAUUGUUGCUCGCUCUGAUGUUUUGUACUGUACUCGCGUGCAGAAAGAGCGCUUUGCUGAUCUCGAAGAGUACGAACGGCUCAAGGAUAGCUUUGUCAUUGACAACUCUGUGUUGAAGAACGCCAAGAGCCAUAUGGUUGUUAUGCACCCGUUGCCUAGAAAUGCGGAGAUUGGGGAGGAGGUUGACUUUGACCAGAGGGCUGCAUACUUCCGCCAGAUGCGUUAUGGUCUUUACUGCCGAAUGGCAUUGUUGGCCCUUGUUCUGGCACCUUGA